AUGUGGCGGGAGAAUGUUCCGACCCGGACAUACAAUUUAUACAAAGAAAUAUCAGUGCGAGCAAUUUUAGUUUUUGUUUUGUGUGUGUUAUAUCAAAAAUUUCAACCACGUAAACAUUACAUCACUGAAGCCGAACUUCUUAAUUUAAACUAUAGACAUCCUCGAAAGGAGUCGCGCGUGACCUUGCAAUCAGUUAUUGUUCUGAUUAUUUGCAUACCUUUAAUAAUAAUCACGUCAGAUAGUCUGCUCAGAAACUACGUCGAAACCUUUCAAGGUCUACUGGGAUGGAAUUUAGCCAUACUAACGAACGCCGUCAUCACUGAAGCCAUCAAGAUAACAGUGUGUCGUCCGCGUCCAGAUUUCUUUUAUCGUUGCUUUUCUAACGGCGUGCUCACCGCAGAUUUAAUUUGCACGGGAGAAGAGAGUGAUGUCAUAGAUGGGAGGAAGUCGUUUCCAAGCGGUCAUAGCAGCUUUGCUUUCUGCUCUCUUGGAUUUAUAAGUAUUUGGUUGUAUGGAAAACUAAGAUUAAUACAAAGCAGAGGAAUUGUUUUUAUAAUGUGCACUCUCCCUUUAAUCAUUGCGGCAUUUAUAAGCAUAACACGUGUCUAUGACAAUCGCCAUCACUGGCAAGAUGUGGUAGGCGGUUCUUUACUCGGAUUUUUUAUAUCUUAUGCAUCCUACAUGCAUUACCAUCACCCCCCGCCUUUGAGAGCUAGAAACUCUUCAGAAUUUGUAAGAAAUUAG